AUAAACACAGUUAAAUGUAUUCCAAUUUCAUAAAUAUGAUCCGUACGUGUCGUAAUGCAAGCUAUGUAUAUAUAUUGCAAAGAAAGGAUUUUAAAUAUAAAAUUGUGUUAUGAAUUUAACAUCACAGAAGAUUUCUUGGACGUAAUUAACGAUUAUGAUAACAAAUUUUGUCAAGACCUUACAAUGUAUUUGUAUGUAAAUGUGUAUUAUAGCUUACAAAUAUUUUCUACAAACUCUGAUAUCAGAAUGGUACAAUGAUGAAAUCAGUUGCGAAAUGCUGAUUAAGUAAGUGUAUUGAAAAUGUUAGUAACAUUGAAAUAAGUAUUUUAUCUGUUUAUUAGAGGUCAAUAGUUUAUAGUGUCAUUACUGAUAAUGCAGAGGAAAUCUCGAGGGGGUCUGAUAUUUUGCAGUAUAAAAAAACGAAAUAUUAAAAGCUUGUAAGGCAACACGAUAAAUCCAUUUAUGAUUUUUCCUCAUAUUUAAAAGUUACAACAGAUUUUUGUUACACAUCUUAAUUGAACACUACUAUUAGUAUUAACAAAGAUUCUAUACUAUUAAACAAAAAACGUUUUCCAAAGUAUAGUUGAAAUGUCUUGUGACUCGGAGCAAUGUGUGCAAACAAGCUCUUGUGUUCAAAUAUUGCCCAAGGAAAACAAAAGAGACAAAACUCCACGCAGAAGAGACAAAGUAAUGACUGGCCUUACACACGAAUGUGGAGUUUUUGGAUGCAUUGCCGCAGGUGACUGGCCUUCCCAAAUUGAUGUCGCACAAGUGAUUUGUCUAGGUUUAGUGGCAUUACAACACAGAGGUCAAGAAAGUGCAGGCAUUGUCACAAGCGAAGGUGUCUGUUCAAAAUCUUUUCAUGUCCAUAAGGGUAUGGGAAUGAUUAAUAAUAUCUUUAACGAUGAAAACAUGAGAAAACUCAGUGGGAAUCUCGGAAUUGGUCACACUAGAUAUAGCACAAGCGCUGCAAGCGAGGAAGUUAAUUGUCAACCAUUUGUGGUUCAUACUGCUCACGGAGCAUUAGCGGUUGCUCAUAAUGGAGAACUCGUGAAUACAGAAUCAUUGAGGAAAAUGGUAUUAGGACGCGGAGUUGGUUUAUCAACUUAUUCGGAUUCCGAGCUAAUAACGCAGGCUCUCUGCUUGAACCCCCCUGAAGGCGAAGUAAACGGGCCAGACUGGCCAGCGCGUAUAAAACAUUUGAUGCAAUUAGCACCGUUAUCGUAUUCAUUAGUAAUUAUGCAGAGAGAUAAAAUAUAUGGUGUUCGAGAUCCUUAUGGAAAUCGUCCGUUGUGCCUUGGAAAAAUUGUACCAAUUGGUAAUUUAGGAGAUGACUCGGACGAAGACGAUGACGAAGCUGAAGGUUGGGUCAUUUCGUCUGAGUCGUGCGGAUUUUUAAGUAUCGGAGCACGAUACGUGCGCGAAGUAUUUCCCGGAGAAAUCGUAGAAUUAACGCGCGAAGGCAUUAAGACUAUAGAUAUAGUCGAUAGACCGAAUAAAAAGCCUCAGGCUUUUUGCAUCUUCGAAUAUGUUUAUUUUGCGCGUAGCGACAGUAUUUUUGAAGGACAAAUGGUUUAUUCUGUUCGUAUGCAAUGCGGACGAGAACUUGCUCUAGAAUCGCCAGUACAAGCGGAUAUAGUUAGUUCUGUACCCGAGUCUGGGACUGCAGCAGCGCAUGGCUAUGCCAGAGCGUCUCAAAUACCGUUCGCGGAAGUGUUGUGCAAGAAUAGAUACGUUGGCAGAACUUUUAUCCAGCCUAGUACACGGCUGAGACAACUGGGCGUCGCAAAGAAAUUUGGGGCUUUAUCGGAAAAUGUAAAAGGAAGAAAGUUAAUUCUUAUAGAUGACUCGAUUGUUAGAGGAAAUACGAUUGGACCGAUCAUUAAGUUGCUGCGCGACGCAGGAGCAAAGGAAGUUCAUAUUAGGAUAGCUUCACCUCCAUUGAAAUAUCCUUGUUACAUGGGAAUUAAUAUACCGACGAGAGAAGAAUUAAUUGCUAACAAAUUAGAUAAUGUGAAAUUAGCUAAACAUGUUGGUGCUGACAGUUUAACAUACCUUUCAGUAGAAGGACUCGUGAAAGCUGUCAGAUACGGUAUGGAUAAUCGGGAAAGCAGUUACAUUGGUCACUGUACAGCUUGUUUGACAGGGGAAUAUCCUGACGAGCUUCCUGCUGAUUUGGAUUGGUAAAAGAAAGAAAUCGUUCUUAUUGUAUGCAUAAAGCAAAUUAUAUACAUUUUUAAAUCAUUCACAUUAUUUUAGCAUAAAAUAUGACAUUCAACUCAAUAAAACUUGUCACUUUACUAUA